CAGGGAAGAAAUCAGAAAAAAUUGUGGAAAACAGUAGAGAAUAAAGAAAACACACCGAGAGUGCAAACAUCUCGAAAUAAUUCAUUCGGAGGUUUUUAACGACGAGAGCGUCCGGGUGAUUGGUAUAACCUUCCAAAAUGGAUCAAGAGACCAGGAGGAAAGGGCCUCGAAGCCCCAGCGCCGACUCCGACGAUUCCUCACAUCGGAGGAGAUCCAGGAAAUAUGACCGGGACAGAUCUCCAUCCCCCAGGAGAAUGCGGUACAGGCGCUCCAGGUCCAGAGAGAGAAGAUCUGGCUCCAGGGAGAGAAGGAGAAAGGAGAGAUCUCAGGAUUGGAAUAAAACUAAUCCUCAACCGCCAGCUCCAGCCCCUACACCAACCACUGGGAACAGUGCUUAUGUGCCACCGGUUCAUAAUCAAUACCAGGCACCACCGCCUCCACCUACCCCUCAGCCACCACCGCAACCGAUUCCACCUUACAAUCCUGGCUAUGGAAAUUACAACUACAACUACGCCCCAGGAUACGAUUAUUCUUAUCAGCAGGCAGCUGGUUAUCGCAGUGACUAUCCACCACCGAAUUGGCAGGGGGGGCAGGUGGCUUACAAUAAUCAACCAGCACCGCCUCCAGCGCUGCCAGCACUCAGUGAACCCUCGAGGCCGGUUGAACCAGUGCCUUCAGGACUCACGGCACCGGUGCCCAGACCUGAUGAUGCCAAGAAAGAAGCUAUUCAAGCUGAAGUUAAGCAGCAGAGAGCGACUCUGGUGAAGCAGCGUGACGAAUACAUGAAGAAGUCGACGACACUUCAGAGAGAAUUGGAAAUUCUACGUCAGCAGUGCGAUGAAAUUGGGAAAGAGAGUGGACGUGAGAAUAAUCGAAUUGUCAAGGAGAAUCAAAAACUGCAGGUGGAGAUCCAGAAUAAAAUGAAAUCUAUUCACAACGUGAUCGAUAUGUUAACUGGCAUUAUCGGUGACAAGGCAACGGUGGAAGAUCUCAAAGCAAAAUUCAAGGAAACAUCGAAAAAACUGUCUCGUAGUCCCAGGGAGGAUUUCCCGAAGGCAAAUGCUCCGGACACACCCGAGAAAACGUCGGACAAUGAGAAAGACAUCAAGAGUGAUAGGGAUAGGAAGAUAUCGAGAAAUAUCGAGGAGGAUUCUAAACCAAUGUAUAAUUUUGUUCAUUACGAUCCUGAGAUGCACUGGUGUAAGAUCUGCGAUAUUUUUCCAAAGACAGCUAAGGAGUAUUUGAAUCAUCUCCAUUCGGCGGAGCACAAGGAAACUUGUCUGGAGCGUAAAAUCGUGGAUAUGCCAUGGCAUGAGAAGAAUGGAGAGGGAACUGAAAAGGAAGUGCCGUAUUACCCUGGGCUACCCACAAAAAGGACGCCAAUUAAAGGACUUCAAUUCUUCAGCGCUGCAACAGCCUGGUAUUGCAAACUGUGCGACUCGUGGAUUGGUGAUCUUCACUGCGCCAGUCUUCACUUGAAGUCCAAACGACACUCUGAGAAUUAUUCUCGAUUCGUCGAGCAAAGCCCUCAUUGGGAGACGGACUGGAUGGCCGAUCGUGAGAAGGCAUUUUCGGACGAGCGCCAGAAGCAGAUGCAGCUGGAGCUCCAGAAGCAAAAGGAGGAUGAGCCCCCGGCGCUGCCACCGCCAAAGUCCAAGAAAUCAAAGAAAUCGAAGAAGACAAAAAAAAAGUCGAAAAAACGAAAAACCAAGAGCAGCAACAGCGACAGUACAAGCGACACAGAGAAUACAGACACUGACUCAGAUCAAGAUAUGUCAAAGAGCAUUCGUGUGGCAAUGCGUAAUAAAAUGAAGGCAUCAACUCAGGCAAUUCUCAACGAGGAAAUUGAUUAUCACGGAAUAAAAUUAAAGGGCCACUGGAGUCACGCAAUACAGACUAAACCAGAUGCUCAUUCACAAGAGAACGACGAUCGCCAGUUGCUGAAUUCAAUUCGUGACAAAUUAAAAGCAAAGCAGGAGGAGGAGAUGAAGCAGCAGAACGAGCGACGAUCGAGCCAGGAUCAGCAGCACAAAGAGGUCGAGCCCGAGAAGACGUAUCCCACAAAGCCAGAGCCUCCCCUGGAGGCGUGGGGUCCCAAGGAGCCACCGAAGCCCUUCUGGAUAAAAAAAGACGAGGAGAAGCCCCAGCCAGCUAAAUCCCUGGACAUUCCAAAGCCCGAGGAAAUUCCCAAGCCCCACAUGGGCUUCUGGACAAAACAACAGGUGAAUAUGACGGUAAAACCCCCGGAGAAGAGUGAAAAAGAGGAGGAGCGUGAUCGUGACCGAGACAGAGAUCGCUACCGGGAUGAUCGCGAUCGAAAAUACGAGAGACGUGAUGACAAAUACCACAGCAGGUACGAUCGAUACGACAGGCGACGUGAUCGCGAUCGUGAUCGUGAUUAUUACGAUGACAGGAGGAAGGAUAGGCGUGACGAGAGCCCGAGACGAGAGAGGAAUUGGAGGGAGAGCCCAAAGCGUGGAUACGACAAGUACAAAGACAGAAGAGACGAGGAAUCAAAUGAGGAGUCAAAAUUUGAGAAGAAAACCAAUGAAUCGGCUAAACAAAAAAAAAGUUCAGCUCCAUUAAAAAAAACUUCAGCCCAACCACCUACGAAGGGAAAGCUACCCUUCAUUGGUAGACUACCCCUGUUUAAAAAAAAGAAUGAGGAAGUGAAGAGUACGGAGAGAGAUAUCGCCCCAUUGCCUUAUGUGCAGAGUAAAUUCGAGGACACCCCACAGGUGCCUUCUGAGAUAAUAAAUCCCCCUGGUGUUGUUCACAUUACAAAAUUGGCAACACCCCUUGUCUUGAAUAAUAGCAUUCCAACGAAGAGUCAGGCUAUGAAGAUUCUCGUGGCACCACCGCCCCCAGUAUUGCACCCCUCGUCAGUGCCCAAAAGUACGGGAUUAUUAGCUCACCCUGGGCCCGGUGUCACACAGGUAGUCGACAUGGAGAUUGAAGAUCAGUCCGAGGAGACCAUCAUCGAGGAGCCCAUUGUCGAGAAUUCUAAAGGAAAUUCGUCAGAAGUUAAAACUUUUGAUGUUAAUGAUGUACCGACACCUGUUGUAUUCAGUGCCACUCAGCCACCGCCAUUUAUCCCAGCAAAUCCACCCCCUUUCGUUCAGAAUGCCACGAGAUUUUCUGUGAUACCUCCAAAUGUCGAUUUUACUCAUCCUCCACCUGUCCAGACUCCCUAUCCACCUCCACAUCCUCCUGUGGCCAUGGCCGGUGUGGAGCAGGUUCAUGAAGCUGUGGAAAUACCCGAGGUGGGAAAAACUGCAGCUGAUCCCAGUCAACCGCUUCCUGAGGAUCUACAGGAGGCACUCAACAUCAUUUUUCCCAAGGACUGUGCCGAGGGCGGUGAUGAGCUGCAGGUCGAGCAUAAUGUUAUGUAUGGGUCUAUGUAUAAUAGCAUGCUGGGGUGUGUUGGGUAUGGGCCUGAGUACAUGGAUCAACCACCACCUGAAAUCACUCAAGCUGAUGUUGAGCCUGAUGGACAACCUGGACCCGAUGAUCUUAGGAUGCUGGGCAUUGACGAGGGCGAUACUAUUCUGUAAUUAAUUUUGAUUAUUCUUGAGAAUCCUCAGGGGGAUUCUAUUGUGAAAUAGGUUUUACAUGACUGGAUUUUUCAAUGGAUAUGCGAUGAAUAUUUUAUCUUGUAGAAUGAGUAUCUCUCGAAGUGGAGAUUUUAUUUGUUACAUUUUAGUGUUUACUCUGGUGGAUCACUGUAGGUAAUAAAGACGCGAUACGAGGAAUACUGUUGUAUUCUUUAUUUAAUGAUUUUAGAUAAUUCCGGUUAUAAAAUCGGUUAAUUAGGUCGCUGGUCAUCAGUGAAAAAUUUUACCAGAAUUUCCAAUUAAUUUUUUUCUGUGGAAAAUUUCGUGGGUCUUUAGUCGAAUAUCAUCUCCUGGAAAAUUCGGGUAAAAUUUUUCACCUGUGGAGUUGACGUAAUUAUGUUAUUCGAUUUCGCAUGAUUUUUAUUCUUGACGCGUUUAUUUUUUUUUUUCACAUGAGUUGCACAUUCAUAUGCUGAUUCAACAUGAUUAUUUCAAACAGGUAUGUAAAAUCGGAAUGACUCGUUUAUUUCUAGUGCAGUGGUUAGGCAGCAUCUCCACAGCUGUGGAUCAAUUAUUCGUUAAUUGAAUGUCAGUUCCUUAUUUUAUAUCACAAUGAAAGUUCGUUUGAUGUUCCAUUUAUCGAGUACUCAAUAAAAAAAAUUUCCUUAAAUAUCGCGGUAAUACGAAAUCUAUGGCACGCAUUCGUCCCCAAACGAUUAAAAAUUAAAUAAAAAUCAAUGUUUCCUGACACGUACGUAGAACGAUCAUUAACUCAUUAAUUAGAAACUU